UAAUAAUAAAGGCGGCAGCCUUUGCCGUUUUUUCCUCGUCAUCGCGUGGUGAACGACACCCCUCAAGCUUGUGAAGAUGCGGUCUAGCCUGUUAUUCCUGUGUUGCUUCCUUUUCGUUUCUGCACUUGGGGACCCGAUAAGGACCAAGAAAGAAGCACCUCUAAGCCCACCUCCAAGCCAAUAUGGCCCACCUGCGACUUCUUAUGGAGUUCCAAACGUAGGAAGCUCCUACAACGCACCAUCUGAUUCCUACGGUGCUCCACCACCACCAUCUUCCUCCUAUGGUGCACCUUCCUCUUCUUACGGUGCUCCAUCAGGACCAUCUUCUUCUUAUCACGCACCAUCAGGACCAUCCUCUUCCUACAACGCACCAUCAUCCAGUUAUGGUGCUCCAUUAGGUCCAUCCUCUUCUUACGGUGCACCAUCGUCCAGUUAUGGUGUUCCAUCAGGUCCAUCCUCUUCUUACGGUGCACCAUCGUCCAGUUAUGGCGUUCCAGCAGGCCCAUCCUCUUCCUAUGGUGCUCCAUCCGAUCACGGUGCUGAUCACGGUUCUUUUGGAGGCGAUCAAGGAUAUAGCAGCGGUGGAUCAUUUGGUGAUGAUCAUGGAAAUGGAGGCGGUCAUGGAUCUUUUGGAGGUGACCAUGGAUCCUUUGGAGGUGGUCAUGGGUCCUUCGGAGGCGGUCAUGGGUCCUUCGGAGGCGGUCAUGGAUCCUUCGGAGGCGGUCAUGGAUCCUUUGGAGGCGACCAAGGUUCCUUUGGAGGAGACCACCAUGGAGGAGGAGGCGGAGGAGGAGGAGACCACCAUGGAGGAGGAGGAGGAGACCACCAUGGAGGAGGAGGAGGAGGAGGAGGAGGAGACCACCAUGGCGGUGGUGGUAGUGGAGGAUUAUCAACUUCCUAUGGUGCUCCGGCACAAUCUUAUGGCCCCCCAGCGCAAUCUUAUGGACCACCAGCGCAAUCCUAUGGACCACCAGCGCAAUCCUAUGGACCACCAGCGCAAUCCUAUGGACCACCAGCUCAACCUCAAGGAAAAUGGGAGAAGAAAUUAACGUGGAAAGCAGAAUGGAAGCAGAUUUGGAAAACAGAACAGAAAUUAAUCUGGAAACAAGAAUGGAAAAAAAUUCAAGUACCUGUUUGGAAGGAAGUUCAGGUUCCAGCAUGGAAAGAAGUUAAGGUACCAGUUUGGAAGAAAGUCCAAAAGCCUAUUUGGAAGGAGAUCCAAGUGCCAGCGUGGAAAGAGGUCCAAGUACCAGCCUGGAAAAAAGUUUGGAAGCCAGUUUGGAAAGAAGUACAGGUACCUAUAUGGAAAGAGGUUCAGGUACCUGACUGGAAGAAGGUCUGGGUUCCUGAAUGGAUUAAAAUAGGUAUUCCUGGUGAACAAUAUGUUGGUAAGGAUCAUCAUGGUUGGCAGUAUACCAGUCAUGAUCUUUGGAAGAAGAAACUGAUUUGGAAACCUGUAUGGAAAAAGAUCUGGAGGACGGAGAAGAAGCAAGUCUGGGUUAGUGAGAAGAAACUAGAGUGGAAAGCUGAAUGGAAACAGAUCUGGAAGACUGAAAAGAAACAGGUUUGGGUUAGCGACAAGAAAUUGGUUUGGAAAGAGGAAUCGGUUCAAGUCUGGGUACCUGAGAAAAAGCAAAUUUGGGUAACACAGAAGAAGCAGGUAUGGAAGGAUGAGUGGAAGAGCAAAUGGGUGCCAGUGUGGAAGGACGUACAGGUACCAGCGUGGAAAAAGAUAUGGAAGCCUGUUUGGGAGAAAGUUUGGGUACAGGCUGAUCCUCACCACGACGAACACCAUGGAUACAAGUAAAACUCCUGCCAUGAGGUUCUUCGUUCGAUCUUUACUCAUCUGGACGAUAAGAUCGUUCACCGUUGUUCAAAUUUUUUGCUAGUGUAGUCGUAGCCUGGGGGCGCGGGUCAAAGAUUCGCGAAUCGCGAAAGUCGCCAUCGUUGCGUUCUUUUUUGUUCUCUUUCGCCUUUCGGAGAAAAAACGAGGACUCCGCUGUUGUUUGCGAUUACGGUAACGGAGUCCAGAUUGUCUUAUUUUAUGUCUGUAGGAAGCCAUGUAACCCAUGUAAAAUCACGCGAAAGUACCGUGGAAAAGAGGAGACUUUAUUCUUGGUAGCGAAAGAAUGUCACGUUAAAGAGUAAUUUUAUAAUAGAAAAUUUUGAAGUUAUUGAUGUCAAAUGAUUUUAGAAUAGAAGAACAAUAAUAUCUUUCUCUUUUUUGGAGAAAUAUCGAGAAAUCAUUUUGCUGCGAGAUUAUUACUCGUAUUCUACCUUUUUUCUAGGUGAAAUGUUUAGUUAAUUAUUUUUUUAUUUUGAAUAUUUGUUUCGGGAGAUUAUUAUCGCGAGAUCUUAUCAUUUGUAUUCUGUUUGUUGUUCUGAUUGAGAUUUUCUGUUUAAUUAUGUUUUUGAUUAAAUCUUAAAUUAGGGACAUUACUAUUGGAAAAUUAACAUCAAUAUUCAUGUACAACAGAACCUACUGUCGAUUAGCAAAAAUGCAAAGUCUUUAAAAUAAAUUCUGCCACGCAUCUUAAAAGAACCGUAGUC